AUGAGCGAGAAGAAGAGCUUCUUUCGGGUUGCCAAGAAGCAACUGACGCGCCAGCAGGAGAAGAUCAGACAAAAGCUGAGCAAAACAGAGCAUGUGGAGGACGAGGAGUUUGCAGAGCACGUCGCCAACUUCAACGCCCAGGCGAUGCAUGCAACGCGAUUGCACAAGGAGGUCGGCAACUACAUCAAGGCAGUGCGAACCAUGGCCGCUGCGAGCCGCUCCCUGGGGGACGCCAUCAAGACGGUCUACGACCCCGAUUGGGACAACAGCGAAGAGGCAUACAGCACCAUCGAGACGCUGGAGCAAAUCUAUAUGGAUCUCGUGGAGAAACUUCAGGAGGAAGUGCUUGAACCCCUCAGCUCGUACACAUCCCAGUUCCCAGUGAUCAAGGCGCGGAUUGCCAAGCGCGACCGACGGUGCUUGGACUUUGAGCACGCAAAACGCGUCCUCGACCACGCAAAGGAGAAGACAAGCACCCACAAGGCGCAACAGGCACAAGACGCAUUUGAGAACGCAAAGCACCAGUUUGAGUCCAUCAACCACGAAUGCCACGACAUGCUCCCGUCCUUCUACCAAGGCCGCGUUCCGUUCUACGCCGCUGUCCUGCACUCCUAUUUCACCAGCGAGGCCGUCUUCCACGGCGCAUCGCAGUCGGUACACGGGGAACUGCAGCAGUACCUGGAUGCUGUUGCGGAUAACGUACCGUCACGUGCACAAGCACCAAGGAUUCGGCCGAUGAGUGAUGAAUUGGAAGAUCAGCAGUUGCGCGACAGUGACGGCGACGGCGAUGAUGAUGAUGAUGAGGAGAAUGGCAGUAGGACGACAACACAAGAGCAGCAGCAGCAGAUACCCGAGGACGAGACACACAAAACCACGACAGAGGCGCUACCGGAAGUGCUCAUGACCCCAGCGCCCGAGCCACCAGAGAGCGAUUCGGCACCGGAGCCUGACACGUCAGCGCACGUGCUUGAGGUGCGCAUUGCAACACACCCGUACGACGGACAAGACGAGGACGAGUUGACAUUACGCAAGGGUGACGUCAUUGACGUCCUUGAAUUUGAGGACCCGGAGUUUGAGGUGCGUUCUGCGCUGCUGACGGCGGCCAGUUGGCGUGGUGACUGUUGA